CCACCAAGUCGCUCAUCAACGCCACUCGCUUCGUGUCUCAAGCUGUCUCCUCGAAUUCCUUGAUAAGACGGCCGUCGUAGUCGUCGUAUUUGCAUUCUAAAUAGCCAAGAGGUGUUCUAUGACGACCACCAUGACGACCACGGAGCCUCCGGUGUCCAGGUCGAGGCUGGAGAUUAAUUUAAUUCGACUUCUGGAGGAGACGCAGCAGAUGGCCAACGGGAAUAAAACGAAAGAUUGGAAGUAUGAAAAGUGGUUGGAGGAUCGGAGAUUGGUAGUCCUAUACGGGAGUCAGACAGGGACGGCACAGGAAGUAGCAGAGAGGAUCGGCCGGGAAGCUCAGCGAUAUUUCUUCCUGGUGACAGUUGCUGCCAUGGAUGACUACCCCAUAGAGGACUUCUUUGGGAGCAAACUUGUGAUAUUUGUAGCUUCAACAACGGGCCAGGGAGAUGACCCGGACAACAUGCGGGUGUUUUUCAAGUCUCUGUGGGCCAGGAGGAAGAACAGGCAGCUCCUCGCACACCUCAACUUUGGGGUGAUUGGCUUGGGGGACUCCUCCUACCAGAAGUUCAACUAUGCGGCUAAAAGGCUCAAUAACCUGCUCCUGUAUUUGGGUGGGCAGCCCCUCCAGAAGAUUGGACUAGGGGAUGACCAGCAUGAUCUUGGGCCUGAUUUUGUGGUUGAUUCCUGGCUGAAAGGUUGGUGGGCUAAUGUGACGGAACUCUACCCAUUCCCUGAGGGCUUAAAGCCGAUAGAUAAAGCUAUUUUGCCCAUGUCAAAAUAUAAAGUUAGGUUUGUUGAUGAAGAUAGUAUUGAUAAGGAUCAGUGUGAGAGGUAUGUUUAUUGCCCAGAAAAGGAGGCAUCGCAAGUGAAUCCGUGCAUGGCAAGUUUGACAGUGAACAAGAGAGUGACAGCCCCAGAUCAUUUUCAGGAUGUCAGACUUCUUGAGUUUGACAUCAGUCAUAUACAGAAAAGACACAUGCCUGGGGAUGUCCUCAUGGUACAGCCACAAAACAUGGAAGAGCAUGUAGAAGAAUUUCUUAAUGUGCUGGGAUUUGACCCGGAGAGGAAAUUCUUUUUGGAGCAGAAUGAUCCUAACACUCCUCUCCCACCCCUUUCAGUUCUCCCAAGACCAUGCACAAUGAAGGAGUGCGUGACCAAAUACCUUGAUAUAUUGUCUGUUCCAAAGAGAUUCUUCUUUGAGCUCCUAGCAUUUUUCACUACUGAUGAGGCAGAGAAGGAAAAGUUUGAGGAGUUUGCAUCAUCUGAGGGACAGCAGGACCUCUUUGACUAUUGCAACAGACCCAAGAGAAGCAUCAUGGAAGUCUUGGCAGAUUUCCCGCAUGCAAACAAGAACAUUCCCUUCGAUUACCUCUUUGACAUUGUACCUCCCAUCAGGCCAAGACCUUACUCCAUUGCCUCAUCAAGCCUUAUGUUUCCAGGAAAGGCACAGCUUCUGAUAGCAGUUGUAAACUACAAGACAAUCCUGAAGCGACCAAGGUUGGGCCUCUGUACAAACUGGCUCUCCCGGCAGAGUACAGGCGCUCUCAUUCCUGUUUGGAUUAAGCCUUCUAAUGGCGUCCCUUCUGCCAUUCCAAUGGUGUUCCUUCCCCCUUCUAAUAUCGCCCCAUCUGCCCUUCCAAUGAUGCCAAUUUAG